CCGUUUCAGGGGCUUUUCUGCGUCCAUUCGAGGUGUCUAUCUGUCAUUGAGCCGUUUGUCAGACAGAGGGAAGCGGACGUGUUGUGUUUCUACAUCCGCUUUUGUCCCGUGGCUCCGUGGGGUUUGAUGAAUCCCGUGUUAUUUGCCCCUCUCUUUGUAUUUGCCUCCACUGUCUGGGGCGACAACAAAGAACGGACGGCUGCUGUGAUUUCACCUUUUCUGAGCCCAUAGAAGGAUAACUAAAUCCUUUCAUGAUGACCUGCAUUGGGUUUUUGGUGUUGUGCAUUCAGUGCUCGGCCAAAUCCCGCUGACGUUGUUUGAGUUCAGAUUGUUUUCGAGGUUAAUCGAUUUUCCUCUGAAUUCCCAUCUGACUACACUAGCCAGUAUCCACAAGAUUCAUCACACCUUGCACAGGCUGAAUCUGACUGAAGACGUUGGACAGGACAGCCCCCCGUCAGCCAUGCCGCCUAGGAAAAAAAGGAGACCCUCUGCUGGAGACGACAUGUCGGCCAAGAAAAGUCGCCAAGACAGCAUUUUCAGAAAACAUGAGAGCUCACAGAUCCAGGAGGAGGAGGCGUUUUCCAGUAAAAGAUGUGUGGAGUGGUUCUAUGAGUAUGCAGCUUAUGACAACGUGGUGGGUCCGGAGGGCAUAGAGAAGUUCUGUGAGGACAUUGGAGUGGAGCCAGAGAAUGUGGUGAUGCUGGUUCUCGCCUGGAAGCUAGAUGCUCAGAGUAUGGGCUAUUUCACUCUUCAGGAGUGGCUAAGAGGCAUGGGCUCACUGCAAUGUGAUUCCACUGAGAGACUGAGGAAUUCUCUAGACUACCUGAGGUCCGUCCUCAACGACAGCACGAGUUUUAAGCUCAUCUACAGAUACGCCUUUGAUUUUGCUCGGGAAAAGGAUCAGAGGAGUUUGGACUUGAACACAGCCAAGUGUAUGCUGGGGCUUCUUCUGGGGAAAACAUGGCCUCUCUUCCCUGUGUUUAAUCAGUUUUUAGAGCAAUCCAAGUACAAGGUCAUCAACAAAGACCAGUGGUGCAAUGUUUUAGAGUUCAGCAGGACAAUCAACCUGGACCUUAGUAACUACGAUGAAGACGGCGCCUGGCCCGUGUUGCUGGAUGAGUUUGUGGAAUGGUACAAGGAAAGACAGAUGUCAUAGCUACAGAUUUGGGAGAAUAAAGAAUUACAACUAAACAAAAGGAAGUAAAAAAAAAUAAUUCAACUGUGACCACAACAACUCUUGAGUAUCAACAACCGAUAAAGCAGACGCAACAAAAUGAGUAAAGCAGUGACAGUUGGUGGCUGCUGGUGAAGGUUUGGGUUCAGGUUGGGGGCGGGGCUUUGCUGCCCAGAGCUGUUCUCACAUUUAUGCUCCCUAUGGAAGUCACAUUGUCGGUAGGUUUGCAGCGAUCCCUCCCACCCCCUCUUAAUGGCGUAGCUCUCUGUCACUGUGGCGUCUCAUAUUGCCGUCUAUGUUGGGGUAACAUGGUAUCCCACGCCGAUGAUGCAAACGGCAAGAGAAACCAACAGAGCUGACCAUUAACACAUUGUAUCCAAGUCUUAAACAGGAUCUCUUGGACCUAGGCAGACUCAAGUAUUAUAGACCCGUGCAAUGAAGUUCAACUUGAUCUCUGGACAGAUGGCACUAACUACUGUUUGUGGUUCUUCUGUAGUUUAGUAGUUCUCCUAAAAGCACACUGUGUCAAAGGCUUGACCGCAGGUUUCUGAUGGCUGUGCCGUUUACUAUCAAAAAGCCAGUUCUUUCUUUCCCUCCAUUUCUUCUUCGUUUUGCUAAUAACUUUCCGCUACCCCAUGCAAAGACUAUUCAAACCUCAUAACACCAAACAAAUCAGCAUUGCUGCUUACUAACUCUUACUACAGUGCAACAGUGAGCCGCCAGCGCUCUGCUCUGCAUUCAUUGGUCCAACGGCCAAUUUAUGUAUCUACGCUGCGUAGACAAGAGUAUUACUGUGCCUCAAACAUGAAAGUCGCUUUGUGUGUCCUGCACAGAUACCACCAAACCCAAACAUAUGUACGUGUGACCCUACGGUGCCUUUCAAAAGUAUUCCUACCCCUGUUUUUCACAUUCUGUCUAAACACAGAUUUUCAGUGCAUUUUAUUUGGAUUUAGGACGAUGAACCAACAUGGAGUAGUGAAUUGUUUGCAAGCAGAAGGCAAAUGUUACAUGGUUUUAAAAUGUUUAAUGAACAUAAGUACAUAUUUUUAUUCAACCCCUCCUGAAUAAGUUUGGUUUAAAACUGCUUUUCACUGCAGUAAUAGUUGCAAGACUUAAUUUUGCACAUAUUAAAAUCCUUAUUCAUUCCUUAUGAUUGGUUAGAUGGAGAGGUUUGUCAAUGUUAGUUUUAGAGUCUUCUUAUGAUUGUUCCUUUAGAUUUAGGUCUAAACAUUCAUUGAUCCAUUUUAUCAUAGGAGUAUGCUUUUAUCCUUUUUAUCACAGAUGUUUUUUUGUUCCCAUUUUCUUCUUUUGUUUAGCUACAUCUAGUAGUUUCCUUUUCAACUUUGACCACAACUGACUGAUAGCUGCAGAUCAGCGUUCCAAUAGCAUAAUGCUUUUUUUUGCUCCAGCAGUUGAUAAGCAGUAUUAGUUUUCCAUGUUGGCCUAAAAGUUUAACUUUUGUCUUGUCUGACCUAAACCCCUUCUUCCAUAAGUUUGCUGUAUCAUCGUACAAGUCUAAUAAUGAAUUCAACUUGUAGUCUUCUUUAAUAAUGUCUUUCCUCUGGUCACUCUUACAUAAAGGACAGAUUUGUAGCAUGAAUGACGGCAUUCAUGGUGUCCUGUCUGGCAAUGUGGCAAUAAGAAUAAUUGUCUUGAUGCCAAAAAGAGCCCAACAGAUUUUACUUUCACAAGUGGAGCAGUAGGACUUUUGCCAUAGUGUUCUGCUUGUUUUAUGCAUAUAACUUAAUCUUGUGUUAUUGAAUUUUUAUAAUUAUUGAAAUGAAGUUAUUUUGCUUUCAAACAAUUCCAUAUUGAGUAUAGAAUUAGUAGUACUGUGUACUGACAGUAAAUUUAAUGUGUUAUUUAAUUUAGACCACCAGAAAACAGCAAAGUGCUUCCAGAAGUGAUCCUUGGGUGUGUUGGCUAUGCACUGAGCAGGCAUCAGUGCUAAACACACGCCGCCUUCGCCCUCUGGUGGCUUGAGGUAGAUUUCAGACCAUAGUAUUUAAGGAAACUCUCUCCGUGUCCAGUGAGGUGUUUUCUGUGAUAUUUUUGCUGUUUGUUCUCUAAUGUUCUCCGCUUAGUUCUUUACAGAAAUGCUGCAUUUAUGCUGUGAUUAAAGUUACACACAGGUUGCAUAUAGCUGCUGAUUAUUUUAUGGCAUUUCCUUCAUGCAUUUCAAAGGAGUUAAUACAAACACUCCACAGUUCUUAUUUAAAAAACUUUAUUUUACUCUUCAUUUUUCCUCCCCUUAAAAGUGCUCUUCUGCUUUUGUCCGUCAUAUAAAAUUCCAAUAAAACGCACUGAAUUUUGUGGUUGUAAAGUGGCAAAAUGUGAGAGUUGAAGGAGUUGUAACACUUUUUGCAAGACACUGUACAUUCAGCACAUGCAGGUAGUGACGCACAAGCAGUCAGGUAAUCAUUCAGGAUGAAUUCAGACUGUUUAGGCUGUGUUAUAAGUUAACAUAGUGCCAGAUGGUGUCCAUUUUGUCUUGGUGUUUAGCAUUUGUUUGUCUUCCUCAGUCCACUGAUAGUUUGUUGGUCUCAUUUUUUCUGGUAGCGUUCCUCCAAACACUGACAGUGUUACUGUAGCUGCAGUGGAACAACUGAGACC